GUAGUUUUGAUUUUACCUUGGCACUGGAAAAAUGUUGGAAGGCUUGGGAACAGCCCUGCUGUAAUUGGGAACUGCCUGUGCCCUUACCAAAACAACACUUCAAGUAGACAACUCAUUAACAAUCAAGACUGAGGAAUAAUGCUGGUCAUGUUGGAACUGAUCAUAUUGUGAUGAUAUCCAGCGUACUUUGUUGGCCGUGGAGCGGUUACAGGCCAAACUACGAGAAAAAGGAGAUGCAGCAAACGAAGAGAAAUUAAGCUUAUUGAGAUCUGUGCUGCAGAGCCCACUCUUCAACCAGAUCUUGAAUCUACAGAGCUCUGUGCAACAGUUGAAAGAUCAGAUGAAUAUCGCACCAUCUUCUGUACAUUCAAACAUCGAUCUUUCUCAAGCAACUGGUUCACCUGUCUCUUUGGCUUCUUCCCCAUUAAAUGAAUCGUACAUGAUUGCUCAACAGAAUGGAAAUAAAGAAACUGAACAGGAACUUUCAAUACAGCCUGGCUCUCCUUAUGUUAAUGGCAGGCGGUCCAAUGAAGAGUUCGAGCAGAUUCUGAGAAAAAUGUCUCAUGGCCGUCCAAUUGAAUAUAUAAAUCUAGUGAAACCUCCCUGUGGUGGUUUGGGAUUUAGUGUUGUAGGACUUAAGAGUGAAAAUAAAGGAGAACUGGGGAUUUUUGUACAGGAAAUCCAAGAUGGCAGUGUAUCUGCAAGAGAUGGUAAACUAAAGGAAGCAGACCAAAUCCUUGCUAUCAAUGGACAGGCUCUAGAUCAGAGUGUCACCCAUCAACAAGCUAUUGGCAUCCUGCAGAAAGCCACUGAUCAGGUUCAGUUGGUGAUUGCCAGGGGAGCAAUUUCACAUUUAUCCAGUCCAGUGAUUUCACGUACCCCGUCAGAUGCAAGUACGCUCUCAGCACAUUCAUCUACAGUCUAUUGGCAGUUUGUUGAAAGUGUAGAAUUGGUUAAUGACGGCUCUGGUUUAGGAUUUGGAAUAGUGGGUGGAAAAACAACUGGUGUUGUUGUGAAGACCAUUUUGCCUGGUGGAGUUGCUGAUCGGGAUGGACGACUUCAAAGUGGGGAUCAUAUUCUCAAGAUAGGUGAAACAGACCUGUUUGGAAUGGGUAGUGAGCAAGUGGCUCAGGUUCUGAGACAGUGUGGAAAUCGAGUCAAGUUGGUAAUUGCAAGAGGAGCUGUGGAAGAUCCCUUGGCUGCUGCCCCUCAUGGACUUCCUGCAUUACCGACUGUACCACCGGUAGCAGAAGAGCCUGAACCAACUUUCUCCCAGCAUGUUGAUGGGGAAGUAUUUGAUGUGGAGCUUACAAAAGAUGUUCAUGGACUAGGCAUAACCAUUGCUGGUUAUGUUGGAGACAAGAAUCAAGAGCCUUCUGGCAUCUUUGUGAAAAGCAUCACUCAAGGAAGUGCAGUUGAGCAGGAUGGAAGAAUACAUGUUGGGGACCAGAUAAUAGCCGUGGAUGGAACAAACAUUCAAGGCUUCACUAACCAGCAAGCUGUGGAGAUGCUGCGACAUACAAGUCAAAUUGUGCAUCUAAUUUUAAUGAGGAGAGAACACAAGCCAGAAGCUUUGAUACAGUCUGAGUGUCAAAGUGAAGUGAAACCUGAGAAGAAUGAAGAUGCCCUCACAAUAGAUGACAAACCUUCCAGAACUUUGGAUGAUGUGGAUGAAAAGUCAUCAGUACAAGACAACAGGACUUCAAGUGCUACCCCAAUAAACGAACAAGAAACUGAAAUUGAAACUGAAUCUGAAGGGAUUCAGCUCAGUUUGUCAGAAGAAAGCAUUUGUGUUAAAUGGCAAGAGAUUCUUGGAGCUAACUAUGAAAUUGUGGUGACACAAGUAACAAAGUUCAGUGAAAGUAGUGGUCUAGGCAUCAGUUUGGAAGCCACAGUUGGGCAUCACUAUAUUCGUUCCAUUCUCCCUGAAGGCCCAGUGGGACGAAAUGGAAAGCUAUUUAGUGGAGAUGAGCUGUUAGAGGUUAAUGGUAUACCACUACUAGGUAAGAAUCACAAAGAUGUUGUGAGUAUUCUAAAGGACCUGCCUAUCAAUGUCACCAUGGUCUGCUGCCACCCAGUCCUGGAGGUCAAAAAUGAAACUGAUAUUGAUGACAUGAUUUCCAUAGAAGAACCCCUUCAAACAAAUGAAGAGGUGUUAGAAUUUCUUCCUUCAUCAGUACCUCUGGAUUGGAAUAGAGAUCAAGGGGAAGCAGUCAGUGACAAAGAAUUUUUGCAGAUGCAGGUUGAUAAUGAAUUCACAGCCGCCUCUGAGGCAGAUAACAGUGCUGUGGUUGACCUGGACAGAGAGGAAAGUUGUGUGGAUGUGCAAGGAUCUCACCUGGCUAUGUGGGAAGAUGAAAUCCAAAACAUAGAAUUAGAAAAAGGUAGUUCUGGGCUUGGUUUCAGCAUUUUGGAUUAUCAGGAUCCAGUUGACCCACUUCGGACAGUCAUUGUGAUUCGAUCAUUAGUACCAAAUGGUGUGGCUGAGCAAGAUGGUAGACUUCUUCCAGGGGACCGACUCAUGUUUGUCAACAGUAUUAAUCUGGAGAAUGCAACUCUCGAAGAAGCUGUUCAGGCAUUGAAAGGUGCAUCAGGAGGCAAAGUUAGAAUUGGUGUCGCCAAGCCUUUGCCGCAGUUUUCUCCAGAGGAGGGGGAUGUGCCUACCAAUGAAGAGUCUGUACUAUCCCUUUAUCAGUCCUGUGAUGAGGAGGAGGCUGUCGAUGCUGCUGUUUUUCAUGCAGAGUUAGCAAUGGUAGAAGCAACUGAAAGUGACUUUGCUGAUGAAAAGAUAUUUGAGGGUGAGGAUCUUCAUCAGGUCUCCACUGUGGCCAUGCAUGGCAGUGCAUGCAGUGAAGAUCUCUCAGUUCCAUCAUCAUUUUGCAAGGAUGUAUAUGAAAACUCAUUGGGUGAUUGUAGUGUAUCCUCAACUGAAGAGAAUGAAGAGCGACGGAUGUCCUUAGCCAGAAGAUUUGUGAAAACCAUUACCAUUGCAAAAGGCAAUGCUAGUCUUGGGAUGACUGUGAGUUCCAGUAAGGAUGGCUCAGGAAUGAUGGUGCGUACCAUUAUACACGGCGGAUCCAUUAGCCGUGAUGGCCGAAUUGGGGUAGGUGAUUGCAUCUUAGCAAUGAAUGGGGAGCCAACUACAGAUCUUAUCAAUGCACAGUCUCGUGCAUUGUUACGAAGACAUUCUCUGAUUGGACCAGAUAUAAUAUCUCCAUGUGCAUCUGGUGAUGAUCAGUCCUCAUUUUAUGUUGUCACAUAUGUGUCUGCGGAAGAUCUGGUCAAAUACAAGACAAUGAUGAAUCAACAACUUGAAGAAAUUACUGAGGUUGAUGAUUUAUCACUUCCACCUGUCAGUGCUGAUCUGCCUGAAAGAGAAGAAGGUGAAGGAGAAGAAAGUGAGUUACAGAACUCAUCAUAUAAUAACUGGAAGCAAGCUCGUCGUGUGGAGCUAUGGCGUGAACCUGGGAAGUCCUUAGGAAUUAGCAUUGUUGGAGGAAGAGGAAUGGGUAGUCGGCUGAGUAAUGGUGAGGUCAUGAGAGGAAUAUUCAUUAAACAUAUUCUGGAGGACAGCCCAGCAGGAAGAAAUGGAACAUUAAAAACUGGAGACAGAAUUGUUGAGGUAGAUGCAGUUGACUUGCGUGAUGCAAGUCAUGAACAGGCAGUUGAAGCUAUUCGGAAAGCAGGCAAUCCUGUGGUGUUUUUGGUGCAGAGUUUAAUAACCAGACCUCGGAAACAGCCUUUGUCUUUCCUGCAGUCUAACCCUUUGCCUGAAUCAAGCAACAAGAGUGGCAGUACUAACACAUUUGCUGACUCUUUUCAGACCCGCGUUAGACAGGUUUCUGCAUAUCAAGCUAGGACUUUUCCACGCCCUUUCCCAACUAACUCAUUUGCAAUCAGUCCAUUUAAGGCAUCCAGCCAACCAGAUACAGAGACUGAAAUAACGUCAGGACUCACAGGUUUACAGCCAUCACAGCCUGAAUCCAUUGAAAAAGAGAUCAGCAAUAUUGCAACAUUACCAGCGAACAGUAGUGUCCACUCAGAAGAUGAAUUGGAAGAAGAUGAUGAAUUUGGUUACAGCUGGAGGAAGAUCAAACAACGGUAUGGAAGCCUGGCAGGUGAACUCCAUAUGAUUGAACUGGAAAAGGGGAAGAGUGGCCUUGGCCUCAGUCUUGCUGGCAACAAGGAUCGAUCCCGAAUGAGUGUCUUUGUUGUUGGCAUUGAUGCCAAUGGAGCAGCUGGCAAAGAUGGCAGGUUACAGAUCGCAGAUGAAUUGCUGGAGAUAAAUGGGCAGCUACUGUAUGGGCGUAGUCAUCAAAAUGCUUCUUCAAUAAUCAAAAGUGCACCUUCAAAAGUCAAAAUUAUUUUUAUCAGAAGCACAGAUGCGGUCAAUCAAAUGGCAGUCAGUCCUGUAAAAUCGCCUGACUUCAUGUCCAUUCCAGGAAGCCAGCAGGAGAAAGAUCAGAAUGCAUCUCAGUUGCAAGCUGGAAAAUGUCAAACUUUAUUUAAGAAUACUCAGGAUGUGCUGCUUACCAAGGAUCAAAGUGGACUAGGAAUUGCAAUUAGUGAAGAGAGUACCAAUGACGGAGUGGUUAUCAAGAACCUAACAGAAAAUGGAACAGCGUCAAAGGAUGGAAGAGUUAAGGUUGGGGAUCGAAUCUUGGCUGUGGAUGAUGAACCUGUUGCAGGUCAUCCAAUAGAAAAGGUUAUAAGCUUGCUAAAGCAAUCAAAGAACACUGUUAAACUAACCAUCAGUUCGGAUGAUGUGAAUUCAGAACAAUCUGAGACGCUGCCUGCCAUCACUUCUUCAGUAGAUGUCAAAAGCAUUCAGCCUUCUUCCAUGCAUGGUAUUGCUGCCUCGCCUGAUCUCGAUUCCAGCAAUAAAGAUCCAAACAGAUCUUCAACAGCUGGUUCAUCAACAUUGGACAUGGCUUCUUGUUCGAUUAUUCCCGGACGAGAAACAACCAUUGAAAUUUCCAAGGGACGCACUGGACUUGGACUUAGUAUUGUUGGAGGAGCAGACACCUUACUGGGUGCCAUAAUUAUUCAUGAAGUGUAUGAAGAAGGAGCCGCAGCUAAAGAUGGAAGAUUGUGGGCUGGGGAUCAAAUACUGGAGGUUAAUGGAAUAGAUUUGAGAGUUGCCACUCAUGAUGAAGCAAUAAAUGUUCUAAGACAAACUCCACAGAAAGUCCGUCUGACAGUCUACAGAGAUGAAGGCCAUUAUAAGGAGGAAGAUAUAUAUGACUUGCUCACUGUUGAAUUGCAAAAAAGACCAGGGAAAGGGCUUGGACUGAGUAUUGUCGGAAAAAGGAAUGAUACUGGUGUUUUUGUAUCUGACAUCGUGAAGGGAGGAAUAGUAGAUUUGGAUGGAAAACUGGUGCAAGGAGACCAAAUACUCUCUGUGAAUGGGGAAGAUGUUCGAAACUCAACCCAGGAAUCCGUUGCUGCUAUGCUGAAGUGUGCACAAGGCGCAGUAAAAUUGGAGGUUGGCAGAUUGAAGACUGGAUCAUUCUCAUCUGAAAGAAGAGUUUCUCAAAGUAGCCAGGUCAGUGAGGGGAGUUGCGGUGGGCUGAUCCCUCUCUGUUCUACUGCUUCUGGAUCUAUUCAAGCUGAAGUAUAUGAAACCGGAAACCGAAAACAUGCCUGGACCGAGAUUAAAGGGCUAAGGGCAGUGGAAUUUACAAAGGGUCCUACAGAUUCACUGGGAAUCAGCAUUGCAGGAGGAGUAGGCAGCCCUCUUGGAGAUGUUCCCAUUUUUAUUGCAAUGAUGCAGCCAAAUGGAGUAGCAGCCCAGACACAGAAACUGCGGGUUGGAGACAGGAUUGUAAGUAUUUGUGGAAAAUCUACAGAGGGAGUAACCCAUUCCCAGGCAGUCAACUUACUGAAAAAUGCUUCAGGGCGUAUUGAAUUACAGGUUGUUGCAGGCGGUGAUGUUAGUGUGGUAACCAAUCAGCAACAGGAACAUGCAACAACUACCCUUUCACUGUCAGGGCUGACAGCAAGCAGCAUCCUUCAUGAUGACUUAGCGCCUCCACAAUACAAGACAAUUACUUUAGACAGAGGUACUGAUGGUCUGGGUUUUAGUAUUGUUGGUGGAUAUGGCAGUCCUCAUGGGGAUCUGCCUAUAUAUGUUAAAACAGUUUUUACAAAGGGAGCAGCUGCAGAAGAUGGACGCCUGAAACGCGGUGACCAAAUUAUUGCUGUCAAUGGACAAAAUCUAGAAGGUGUCACACACGAAGAAGCUGUCAGUAUUCUGAAGCGUACAAAGGGGACCGUUACGCUAACAGUACUCUCCUAAUUGGACCUUUCGGAUGAAGACUUGGUUGAUUAUGACCUGUGUUGAUCUAAUGGACAAGAACAGAUUUGGGAGUUAUUUGAUUAGUAAUUCCACUAAUUUAAUGAAGAGAAUUCAUUUUAUGAAAUGUGUAUCUCCUUAGCAUUAGUAACUCUUAAUCUAUAAGUAUAAAAAUAUGAACAAUAUUGAAUAAAUCUCAAGCUAAGCAUUAAUUUGGAGUUACAGUGUAAAUUGGUUAAAAAAAAAACAGCAUAACAGACUUGAUAUUAAAUUUGUGCAUCAUGUUCUGGAGAUUUAUUGUAGUAGAUAAAGAGUACUGUCUUCCCUCCAAAGGCAAGCUAUUUACAAUACAUUUUAGACAUUCAUAAUUUGCCCUGAGAUUUAUAACUUACCUUUGUAUUAUUUUUAAACUUCCAAAUUGUAGUGCAAUUACUUUUUUAUUUCUGCAUUUUUCUCCUCUAAAAUGGCUGCUUGAUAACUUCUUGUAAGGAACCACAGCAGUAUCAUCAGCACAGGAGGGUUCAGAGUAGCAGAGGAUAGUUUUUAAAUGUAAAUGGAAUCUAGAAAAUUUUGAAGCUGAGGGGAAAUACUGUCAGUAAGACUUGGAGCUGUACAAAGACAAAUUGCAUUUUCAGUAAAUAUGUUUGACUUGUAAGUACAUAUCAAUACCUAUUCUGCGACUCAUUAAGUAACAUGCCCAAGCCAGCCUCUGUUCAAGAAAAAGUCAGCAGCUGUUACAAGGCUUUGUACAGUAUUUAACUUCAGUUUAGGUAGAAAUACUGUUCUGUGAAGUCAGGUUGUGUCUUCACAGUUUGGAUGGUAACGUAACAGAAUGGAUCAUGAUCUCCUUAUAAAACAUGCAGUAUUAAUCCUUUUAACUUUGGAAUGCAAAUUAGCAGACUCCAUGAAAGCUGAUACACUUCUCUAAAUUAUUACCACCCAAAGUAAAGUCAAACUCUCUAUGAAAUUAACUCAAUAAGUUGCUGCUAUUUAUUUGCAACUAUUUAAUAAAAGUUCUUGACAAGUGCUUCUUUGAUUCACUACUUGAGCAAGAAAUUAAAUGACAUUUGCCAGUAAGUUGGACAGUUAAACCUGUGUAGCAGUACAUUACCAUUUACUGAUUUUGUUUUGAUACACUGUGCUAUUGAAUGUUAGUGUGUAAAAUCUUUUCAAAAGCAUCCAUUUUUUGACUUCAGUUUACAAACAUGACUGUUAAUAAUAACCAAUUUUGGUAACUAACAAUUUGUUUUAAAAUCCUAAAAAGUUUGAGUUUGUUAUUUGAAUGCAAAGAUUCAACAGCAGCUGUUUUUGAUUUGAUGUCUACUUUUCUCAAUGUGAAUGUAAGAGCAAUAAAUUAACU